GAAUACGCAACGCAACUAGCAAGCGCCACGAUAUACGACACACCGAACCUCGGCACGUAUACGCACGAUGACGAUCAACACCGACGACCAGUAUGGGGAUGGGGAAUCGAAAACAACCCUCAGCUCCAGUCGGCGCUACAGUAGCAGCAGCUACCAGGACCAGAUGGACGAUGCGCUAAAUACGACGCUAACGAACGACAAGGCUACCCUAAUACAGGUGUGGAAACCGAAGAGCUACGGUUCGGUCAAGGGUCAGAUACCACAGCAGGACCGGCUCACCUACACCUGGAAGGAGAUCGACGUGUUCGGCGAGGCGCCCUCCGACGGAAAGUCCCGCGAGCCACUUUGCACCCGGCUGCGCAACUGUUGCACACGCCAGCGCAAAGACUUUAACCCGCGCAAGCACCUGCUGAAGAAUGUGACCGGUGUUGCCCGGAGUGGCGAGCUGCUCGCGGUGAUGGGUAGCUCCGGUGCCGGUAAGACGACCCUGCUGAAUGCUCUCGCCUUCCGUUCACCGCCGGGUGUGAAGAUUUCACCGAACGCCGUCCGUGCGCUGAACGGUGUCCCGGUAAAUGCGGAACAGUUGCGCGCGCGGUGUGCCUACGUACAGCAGGACGAUCUGUUCAUACCGUCGCUGACGACACGCGAACAUCUGCUGUUUCAGGCAUUAUUGCGAAUGGGUCGUGAUGUGCCGGCGAGCGUGAAGCAGCAUCGUGUGCAGGAGGUACUGCAGGAGCUGUCACUGGUAAAGUGUGCCGACACAAUCAUUGGGGCACCCGGUCGCAUCAAGGGUUUGUCCGGAGGGGAGCGUAAGCGGCUGGCGUUUGCAUCCGAAACACUGACGGAUCCGCAUCUGCUACUGUGUGACGAACCCACGUCCGGGCUUGACUCCUUUAUGGCGCACAGUGUACUGCAGGUGUUGAAGGGUAUGGCGAUGAAGGGUAAAACCAUCAUUCUCACAAUCCACCAACCGUCCUCGGAGCUGUACUGUCUAUUUGACAAGAUACUGCUGGUGGCGGAAGGUCGUGUAGCGUUUCUUGGCUCACCGUACCAGUCGGCGGAGUUUUUCUCUCAGCUCGGAAUUCCCUGUCCGCCUAACUACAAUCCGGCCGAUUUCUACGUGCAGAUGCUGGCGAUAGCACCAGCCAAAGAAGCCGAAUGUCGCGACAUGAUCAAAAAGAUUUGCGACUCGUUUGCGGUUAGCCCGAUUGCGCGGGAAGUACUCGAGACGGCUUCUGUUACGGGUAAGGGCAUGGAUGAGCCCUACCUGUUGCAACCGAUGGAAGGUGUCGGUAGUACCGGAUAUCGUUCCAGCUGGUGGACACAGUUCUACUGCAUUCUGUGGCGUUCAUGGCUGAGUGUCCUGAAGGAUCCGAUGUUGGUAAAAGUGCGCUUGCUACAAACAGCGAUGGUUGCGACCCUGAUCGGUUCGAUCUAUUUCGGCCAGGUGCUUGACCAGGACGGUGUCAUGAAUAUCAACGGUUCUCUCUUCCUGUUCCUUACCAAUAUGACUUUCCAGAAUGUGUUCGCCGUGAUCAACGUGUUCUCAGCCGAGUUGCCGGUAUUUUUGCGCGAAAAACGUUCCCGACUGUACCGUGUCGACACGUACUUCCUUGGUAAAACGAUCGCUGAGCUGCCAUUGUUUAUCGCCGUACCAUUCGUCUUCACCUCGAUCACAUACCCGAUGAUUGGAUUGCGUGCCGGUGCGUCGCACUACUUCGUCACGCUGUUCGUGGUGACGCUCGUCGCGAAUGUGUCCACUUCGUUCGGGUACUUGAUAUCCUGUGCCAGUUCCUCUAUCUCGAUGGCCCUGUCGGUGGGACCGCCUGUGGUCAUCCCGUUCCUGAUCUUCGGCGGUUUCUUCCUGAACUCAGCCUCGGUGCCUGCAUACUUCAAGUACCUUUCCUAUCUGUCCUGGUUCCGGUACGCCAACGAAGCACUGCUGAUCAACCAGUGGAGCACGGUGGUCGAUGGUGAGAUUGCGUGCACACGCACAAACGUCACCUGCCCACGAUCGGGCGAGAUCAUACUCGAGACGUUUAACUUCCGCGUGGAAGAUUUUGCGCUAGACAUUGCCUGCCUGUUUGCGCUGAUUGUGCUGUUCCGCCUCGGUGCACUAUUCUGUCUAUGGCUGCGGUCGCGCAGCAAAGAGUAGG